UGCCUGACUCACCGUCACGUCUUCGCUCGCUGCACUCGGCGGGCAGUUUGAAUUCGUGACCGGCACGCGCGCGUCCGAUACCCACACGGCGGUUCUCUAUGCAUGUGAUUUUCGCGUACGACGAUUCGUGAAUUUUGGUUUUUAUUUUCGAUCCGCACGGCGUUUAUAACCCGUCUAAUAAUCAGCUCUGUUUGGCUGUCGGAUUUGGCGCGAGUGUGCGUGAUUUUUUUUUUCAAAUAUUUAAUGAAAUAGCCGCCGAGACUGCUUGGCAAGCUCCAUAUCGCACGCGUUUGAUUCACCGAUCAGGAAUCCAAUCAUGCCACCUGGCGUUGCAGUGUCCCCAAGUUCGAUUUCAUCGGGAUAUGCAGCUUGUUCAUUGAUCAACGUGGACAGAACAGAUCAGCAACAAGCUCUCCGUGGAAACUUCCCGGAAAAUAUGGAUACACAUAUGGGAAUCAGUAGCAGUAGUAGUAGCAGCAGCAGCAGCAGUAGUAGCAGCAGCAGUAGCGCUAGCAGUGGGGAGAGUGCCGAACUUUCAGACAAAGAUCAACUUCAGGUGCAAUCCUGUUACAAAGGCCUAAAAACACAGGUGUACGUGUGUGGAUCGAUGGCCAACUUGUACGUGCACAACUCGUCCCCGGAAGGCAGCUGGGACCUGAAGUUCACCGGCAUCCCGGUCGUGCUGUACGACAGCGGGGAGACCCGGUCCAGAGACAAGCCCCGCAUCCAAAUACUUCUCGUGGAGCGCGGCACGUGCUUCGCCCUAUGGCGGGACACGAUCGACAACUUGACCUCGUACAAGGUGUCCAGCCAGGGGUUCCACACCAUGUGCUUGUCGACCGACCACACCCAGCUGAUCGGAUUGAGCUUCGACUGUUCGGAAGCCGCCCAGCAGCUGUGGUCGCACAUCGACCGGCUCACUUCCGACCCGGAGAACAUCCGUCUGUCCGGCCCCGGAAACCGGUCGAAGAGCGCGAGGAAACAGAAACACAGACCGGCGCCUGUCCGCCGGCUCCCGGACAAGUCGCACAUAUCCACACCGUGCUGCUUCGAGCACAUCACCAACGUCGAGGUGUCCGACCGGUCCAGAUACUUGUCCCUGCAGAGUCUCGUGCCAACUCCGGCGAUGGUGCCGCUUGACGCCCCUUGACCAGUCAAACGUGACAAGGACGCGUGAAACAGUUCGGGCGGCGGCGUACAUCAUAACAAUAUAAUGUAGGGAUCUCUGUACAUAGUCAGUUUUUUCGCAGUCAUUAUUAUAUUCUCUACGAGAACCGGCAAACACGCGCGUUGUAACGAUUUAACUAAGCCAACACUCGACGUGUGCAGUCCCGUUCCGAUAGAAUCCUUUUAUAAGUAUACAAUGUAAUAUAAUAAUAAUAAUGAUACUCUUUAUCCUAGUCCGCACUGGAAAAUGUAAUAUACCGGUACUAUACGGUAUUAAUAUAUUGUAAGAAGUGUUUUUUGUAGUAAGACGUCGUUCGUGUCGAACGUGGGAGAUAAAGUUAUAACUAUGUCCCGUAUGCUACAACGAUAUUAAUAUAUUUAAAUAAAUUAUUUGAAAUUUAUAAAAAUCGAAGUCGUGAUAUUAUGUUAAGCUUAAGAAUUGUAGUUAUGUCAUCGACGGUAAAUAUUGUGCAUGUUCAUUGUUCAACGGUUGUAUACUCUUUAAUAAAAAUGUAUGUCUUAUGGCAUACUUAACUAGUUGUAAAUAGCAAUUAUGAUACUUAAACGAAAUUAUUUAACUAUGCAUUACACCUAAAUACAAUAAUAUAAUGUCAUAAUGACUGUCAUUAAGAAGACAUUUUAUAAGUUUACAAAUUCUUGUAUGCUCGUAUCCUUUAUUGUUGCCUAUACAUAAUAUUAUAAAUAUUCCAUAAUCACUUAUGCUUGGGUAAACUCUCUAAGUUAUAUUUAUAUGUUAUUAGUAUUAUUACUUAUUACCUGUUAUAUAAUAUUGUGUUAAUUUAUGAAAAUUUUUUUCUUAUACACUUCAUGCUUUUACUUUUAAUUUUAAUAGAAUAAUUUUAUUAUAUCCAUCAUCCAUAAAAAAUUAUUAUAAUUAGAUAUUUUGUUUUUUUUUAAUUUAUUAAUAAAUAUUAAGACUAAAAUAUGUAACAGUAAUUAAUAAUUAUUACUUUAUAGUAUUUAUAAACAUAAGUAAUAUGUAAUAUAAUAUAUAUCUGUUGUUAUACC